CACACGCGCGAACGGUGCUGCAGCAGCAUCUGUUCAGCUGCAGCGCCCACUCAUCUCCAACUCUCUAAACCUAAACCGAGACCAGCACCGGGACCGAAUCCAGGUGCGAGUUUCUGUUACCAGGACGACGGCGGGUUCUGCAGCGUCUGCGAGAAACGUGACGCAAAGUGAUCACCGAUCUGAGGCUGAUCAGGAGGAAAAUCAUGAUGAUGAUGAUGAUGAACACUCCAGAAAAGAUGAAGAAGAAACCAGUGAAGGACAGUCUGACUCUGUUACCAUGUUUCUACUUUGUGGAGCUGCCCAUCGUGGCAUCCUCCAUGGUGUCUCUGUACUUUCUGGAGCUGACAGACGUCCUGCAGCCGGCCCAGGUGGGGUUCCGGUGCCACGACCGUGACCUCAGUAUGCCGUACGUGGACGGAGGCGACGAGCUGAUCCCUCUGCUGAUGUUACUCAGCCUGGCCUUCGCCGCUCCGGCUGCUUCGAUCAUGGCGGUUGAAGGUGUGAUCUACGUCCUUCAGUCCAGACUGAAGCUGAGGCGUCAGGAGGGCAGCAUCAACGCCGGGGGCUGCAACUUCAACUCCUUCCUGAGGAGGACGGUGCGCUUCGUAGGCGUGCACGUGUUUGGUCUGUGUGCGACUGCUCUGGUGACGGACAUCAUCCAGCUGUCGACAGGAUACCACGCCCCCUUCUUCCUGACGGUCUGUAAACCCAACUACACCCAGGCCGGAGUGUCAUGUGACCUGAACCCUUACAUCACCAAAGACAUCUGUUCUGGACAGGACCAGCACGCCAUCGUGGCUGCCAGGAAAACGUUUCCGUCCCAACAUGCAACUCUCUCCGCCUUUGCUGCGGUUUACGUGUCGAUGUACUUUAACUCCACCAUCUCAGACAGCACCAAGCUGCUCAAACCUGUCCUGGUGUUUGCCUUCGCCAUCGCCGCGGCCCUGACAGGUCUGACCCAGAUCACUCAGCACCGCAGUCACCCCAUCGACGUGUACGCAGGAUUUCUGAUUGGAGCUUUCAUCGCCACCUACCUUGCAUUUCAUGCUGUGGCUAACUUCAAGUCCUCUGAUGACAUCACUCCACCCCCGCCCCCACUACCUCCCAAAGAAGACCCUCUCCGAGCGUUGACAGAGCGAGGUCAUGAGUCAGUCUACAACAAGGGGCCGGCCUCUGCCUCAGAGAGCAACGAUGAGAUAGCUGCCGCUCCCGCGCCCAUGGCCCCCUUGCAGAGGGAGGACGUUUCCAUGGGCAGCCUGAAGAGGGCGAGCGUGGACGUGGAACUGUUGGCUCCACGCAGCCCCAUGGGGAAGGAGACCAUGUUGACCUUCAGCCACACCCUGCCCAGAGCCAGCAUGAACGUCAAUGGGUUCCCAGAAGAUCCGGUCCAGUCCACGCAACCGGCCCAACUGGUGCAGCGUCGUCUGAAGGCCGUUCAGGUUCCGGUGGAUCCAAUGAGGUCCCAGCAGCUGGUGUCGGAGUGGAAGCAGAAGUCCAUUGAAAUUCGAGGUUUGAGUGUCCGUGACGAAGUGGAACAGGAAGUCAGUGAGGACGGUUCUGAGGGAGGUUCCGUAGUCACUGACGAUGGUUCUCAAGCUCCCAUUUACCAACCCACUGUACAGACCGGGAGGGCCACCGGCAGCCACAACCCUGCAGGGGGAGCCAAACCUGUGGCAACUCCUCGUCCACCACAUAUUCCUGAAGCCGGACCCCCACCUGUGUCCCCAAAGAGCGCCGUGACACGAGCCAAGUGGCUUGCCAUCCGGGAGAAGGCCAGCGGUGAGGUGGCGACCCGUACUGCGGCCAACCAGCCGCGGCUCAUGCAGGUCAUUGCUCUGUCAAAGCAGCAGGGCCUGCUGCCCUCCUCCUCCUCUGAGACCACCUCCACCUGCUCAGCCGCCUCCUCUACCACCAACUCCCCCCACUAUACCCCCGCCUCGGAGCAGCAGCGGGAUGCCUCGAGCAUUGUAACAGUGGACGCCCAUGCUCCCCACCAUCCUGUGGUCCCAAACCUGCCCCCCCCUCAGACAACGACCCUCGCAGGUAACGGGAACCCAUGGGAGUGGGCAGGAGCGUCCAAUGGGAUGCGGGACUCACGGGACACCUACGACCUUAAUAUUCUCAACCGCGGAGACUCUGCCGCUUGCGGCAGCAGCUUUCGUCCACAACGAUCUGCCUCACCACGUGUUGCUGUUGAAUCAGAACCUGCUCCGCCCCCUCCUCACCCACAGGUGGAGACAUCAGUUGAUGCUAAGCACAGGGAAAUGGCCAUGAGACGCAAGACAGCCCUGGUUCUGCUGGAUCGUAACCAGAGCGAGGAGAACUUCUACAACAGUUCACAAGGACGGAGGUUCAAGGAGAAUUAGGCUUCUCAUUAUCGCAAGUGUCCAGUGUGUCCACCAGAGGGCAGCACAUUUACAAGAACAAAAUACUUUUUUCACACAGAAAACCUGA